AUGAUGUACCUGAGUAAGAACUACUUGCGACGCACGAAUCGUCGUGCACUGAGUGUAUUCGCCCAAAACUCGCCCUCGAAUCUCAAGACAGUGGUCGAGAAGCCAACGAAGAUCAAGUAUUUUAAAAUCUACCGCUGGAAUCCCGAGACCAAGGAAAAGCCGCACGAGAACACGUAUCCAGUCGAUCUGAACGAGUGUGGUCCUAUGGUACUCGACGCGAUUUUCAAGAUCAAGAAUGAGCAGGACCCGACUCUGGCCUUCCGACGCUCGUGCCGCGAAGCCAUUUGUGGCUCGUGUGCGAUGAACAUUGACGGAGGAAACGCGCUUGCGUGCGUGAGUCCGAUCAAGAAGAACAAGGACGUGGUCAAGAUCUACCCAUUGCCACACCUGUUUGUUGUGCGUGAUCUCGUGACGGACAUGAGCAAUUUCUUUGACCAGUACGCAUCGAUCAAGCCAUGGCUCCACUCUGUCAAGCCGAAAGGAACCGGAGUGGAGCAUCUGCAGUCAAUCGAGGACCGCAAGAAGCUGGAUGGUCUCCACGAAUGUAUCCUCUGCGCAUGCUGCAGUACCGCGUGCCCGAGCUACUGGUGGAGCCAGGACAAGUACCUCGGCCCAGCAGCUCUUUUACAGGCGUUCCGCUGGAUCGAAGAUUCACGCGAUGACCGCACAACCGAGCGACUGCAUGCGAUCGACGAUGCGUUUAAGCUCUAUCGCUGCCAUACUAUCAUGAGCUGCACGCACACGUGUCCAAAGGGACUGAACCCGGCUCAAGCUAUUCGCAAGAUCAUGGGCAGACUGUAG